AUGGCUUCUGUUUACAAGUCAUUAUCGAAGACCAUUGGUCAUAAAGAAGAGGGUCCUGCAAAUGGUGUCAAGAAAAAUAAGCAAAGAGUUUUAAUCUUGUCUUCUAGAGGAAUUACUUACAGACAUCGACAUCUUCUCAACGACCUUGCAUCUCUCCUUCCCCACGGCAGGAAAGAUGCGAAACUUGAUACUAAGUCGAAACUUUAUCAAUUGAACGAAUUGGCGGAAUUAUAUAAUUGUAACAAUGUAUUUUUCUUCGAGGCAAGAAAAGGAAAGGAUCUUUACCUAUGGAUGAGCAAAGCACCCAAUGGACCUACUGUGAAGAUGCAUAUGCAAAAUUUACACACUAUGGAAGAACUUCACUUUACAGGAAAUUGCCUAAAAGGCUCCCGACCUAUCCUGUCUUUCGAUGCCUCAUUCGAUAAAGAACCUCAUCUACGCGUACUAAAAGAGCUCUUCCUCCAUAUAUUCGGUGUACCAAAGGGUGCUAGAAAAUCGAAACCUUUUGUCGAUCAUGUUAUGGGAUUCACUUUGGCAGAUGGCAAAAUCUGGAUUCGAAACUAUCAGAUCAACGAGACCGAGCCAUCGAAAGUCAAAGGUGCCGAAGAAGAAACUUCCGCGAAAUCCAAAUCCAAGAGCUCGGGGAUCAAGGACACGGAAUGUAACUUGGUGGAGAUUGGACCAAGAUUCGUGUUAACUCCAAUUGUCAUUCAAGAAGGAAGUUUUGGUGGACCAAUCAUCUACGAGAACAAAGAGUUCGUGUCUCCCAACCAAGUUCGAAGCGAAAUCAGAAAAAAGAAGGCAGGGAGAUAUAAUGCGAGGGCAGAACAGGGCAUUGAGAGAUUGGCGAAGAAAGGAGAAUUGGGUCUUAGAACGAGCGGGGGGAGGCAGGCGCCAAAGGAUGCCCUGGAUAAUGCUGAGUUAUUUGCUUAG